GGAGCUACCGCGUUCAUCCCGGAACUCCAGCGGAUAAGCAGGCCGGGCGCAAACACAAUAGCAUAAGUAGCACCGGAGCGCUUUGUCGAUCCAUCCAGGGUCCGUCUUUUCUACCAUCUGGUCGGGUAAGUGCGCGACAUCGACGAUGUCUACAUCCAGCUUGGAGUACCUGGAGGCACUCGCCAGGGAUGAGGCUGCCGUCAAUGCCAUGACUCUGGCUGGAUUUACGGUCCUCAUCUACGAUCAUGUCCUGACGGUGAGUGAGAAUGUGAACUACAUAUGGAGGGCGCGAAUGGGGAUUGUAUCGGUCAUAUUUCUGCUCAACCGAUACAUAGUCCCUCUUGUGCUAGUCAUCGACAUCUACGAGGCGAUGGGCCUCAGUGGUAACCCGUCCUCCGUCUUGUUUUGCAAGAUCUGGACAGUGUUGCAAGGCUAUCUGACGAUCGCUUCCUUUAUGUCUAUCCACGCCAUCGUCGCAUGGCGCCUCUAUUGUCUGCAUGGAGGGGAAGCAUGGAUUAGGAGAGUGUUGUGUACUGCAGCAGUGCUCUAUGUAUCGAGCUCUACUGCGAUCAUCACAGUGUCGCUGGUGCCGAUCAUCCGCCACUUGAAACCCGAACAUCAUCAAUGUGUCAGCUCCGUUCCUUCAUACCUGUGGACGGCUUGGUUGCCAAGCGUCGUCUUCGAAACACUCCUUUUUGUUCUCACAGUUGUCGCCAUGCUUCGUCAAGAAAGACGUCGAUCAUUCAGUAGUCUGUCUCUUUUAUUAUACCGUGAUGGAAUGUUGUACUUUGUUGCUGUGACUGUUUGUUCGCUACUGUCGUUACUCGUCUGGGCAUUAGCGGGUCCUGCGUUCCUCGGUCUCGCUCGGUACUUCGCUCUGGCUAUGGUGAACGUUGCAGGAUCCCGAUUAGUCCUGAACCUCAAGGGGUUCUCCGCCUCGCGGUGCAGCGUAGACUUCGUGUCUGACUCGUUCUCCAUGGUCUCGUCCGAGGCGGCCCUGACCACGCCAUACUGGAAUGCUCGACGACAGAACGGGACCGAUGCAUCAGAGAUCGUAGAAGGGGACCUUGAUAUGGAGAUGGAGAUGUAUUCGAUCGAGCGAGAUUGUCAGCAGCUUGGAACGAAGUUCCUGCACUCUCCUUAGGUUUGACAACGCAUGUAGCGCUAUCGGUUUGUAGCCUUAGGUUAAUUCGGAGGUUAUUGGGUCCAAUUAACGCAUUUGUACCCUAUGAACUUAGGAAGAGCGCAAGAUGGCCGUGCGACAAUGGUAUCACGUCCUCGCUGGCAUCCUUGUAAUCUGACGAGACGUACUUCCGGAUCGUGGAGUGAUUGAGUAAAAGC